ACGAAGCCCGCGGAACGUUGACCCGCUGCUCCACUACACUACUGAAACUGGUGGCCACUUCGAGGAGGGGGACUCCGAGGAGGAGGGGGAGUAAUGCGGCUGGCUGGGGCAGACCCAAAUGCAGACCCGAAUGGAACUGCAACUGGGCAUCUGCCAUAGGUCGCAGUGGCUGCGCUUCCUCGUUGCAUGAUGCUGGCUGGAAUCUGGAUGCUGGAUGAUAGCUGCUCGAGGCCUCAACUUUAGAGAAGAAAAACUGCUCGAUGUCAAGUUGAUACUCGCAGUGCUCCAGCAGCAUCUCCAACAUCUGUCGACCGCACGGUGAGCGGGAAAAUGGUUUUUCCUUUUGCUUUCUGGCAGCGCCAAGCUUUUCCGGUUAAUGUUAUGUUACCUCUGGUUGGUAUAAAAACUGUGGCUGCCAUCGGUGGUCAUGUCAGUUGUGGAUUCGCACUUAACCCACUAGUUAACCCAAACGGAGCGUUCCAAGCGAUGAAAGCUUUUGUGUGUCUUCUGCUCAUUGGAGCGGCCAGCGUGACGGCCAAACCGAAACCCGGAGGAGGUGGAGGUUGGUCCUCUGGAGGGGGCGGAGGAGGAGGAGGAGGCUGGUCCUCUGGAGGAGGAGGAGGUGGUGGCCAUGGCGGCGGAGGAGGCGGCGGAGGAGAUGUACAGAUCAUCAAAGUAAUCACGGAGAGCGGCGGAGGAGGUGGUGGAGGCGGCUGGUCCUCGGGAGGCGGAGGAGGAGGUGGUGGCUGGUCUUCAGGCGGCGGAGGAGGCGGUGGCUGGUCUUCUGGAGGAGGAGGAGGCGGCGGCCAUGGAGGAGGUGGAGGCGGUGGUGAUGUGAAGCUCAUCAAGAUCAUCAGUCUGGGUUCCGGAGGCGGUGGAGGAGGCCAUGGUGGAGGCGGCGGAGGAGGCGGCUGGUCAUCUGGCGGAGGAGGCGGAGGCGGUUGGUCAUCUGGCGGAGGAGGAGGCGGUGGCCACGGGGGCGGCGGUGGUGGUGGCACCAAGGUCAUCAAGAUCAUCAAGCUGAGCUCCGGAGGCGGAGGAGGCGGUGGCCACGGAGGAGGUGGCGGCGGAGGCUGGUCAUCUGGAGGAGGCGGUGGCGGCGGCGGCUGGCAGCCCGCUGGAGGCUGGGCAUAA